AUGCGAAAGCUACAGAACCCUUGGAGCGACGGCUAUGACUUUUCUUCAAUUGACUCCGCGCAUGUCGGCUUCGGCUCUGAUCUAGAGCCAACGGAGCUUGAAGCUAGUCACAGUGCGGUCAACAACAGCCACAGCGAGGCUUUCAAACAUCAGCUAGCCCUGGAUCGGGUAGAGCCUUCGGGCUUUUAUUUGCGCUCUCCAAUCUCAGAUCUUUCAGCCGCAACCAAAACAUCGUUCCCCGGUUUCAAUACGGCCAACUUUGAGUCGUAUUUUGGCUUCGAUGCUUCAACAGCCUCGGCGUAUGGUAACUUCCCUGCGGCAUCGAGCCCUAGUGUUGCCGAUUCUUCACCGCGAGCUCUCUCUCGCAUAUCACCACACGCUGGAUCAUCUCGUGGUAGAAGCCGUUCUGAUGGCUUGCUAGCGGUAUCUAGAGCCGAGCACCAAUCGCAUCUGAUCAACAGCACCGUCAACAUGCUAGCCCCUGCCUCCCAUAGCUCACAGCCAUCAGAUUCGCCGGAGCUCGCAUCAGGCAUGGCGGAAAACGCCGUCGACUCGUUCUCUCAAUCACGAUCAACAACCUUCUCAGACUUGGACUUCGACUCUAGGUCUUUUGACCAUGCAAUGGCUCUCGCAGAAGCCAGCUACUCAGCACAAAUCUCAGAGGACACUCCGAGUCACGCUUUGCAAGCAAAGUUCCAUCCUGCUAAGCAACCCAACAGUUCACCCUGCAGGCAUCGCGAAUCUUCCCCACCUGACCUCUUCGCACCCCUGAAUAUUACUCCCGUCACCCCUCCUCGUUCAGAAAAAGUCCGCCACCAGUCCCUCCGAUUUCCGAACGAUCUCUACACUCCUCUAUACGUCCGUAACCACGGCAUCAAGCGUGAGGGGUGGUGUGGCAUGUGCCGCCCGGGUCGCUGGUUAGUACUCAAAAACAGUGCGUUCUGGUAUGACAAGAGCUUCAUACACGGCAUCAGUGCUGCGAGUGGCAGGCGGUUUGAAGAGCCGGUGGAGGUGAGAAGGACGACUGGAAAGGUCAAUGGGCAAGGAGAGGGGAAAGGGGUUGGGCAAGGGGAUGGAUGGGAAGGAUUGUGUGGGACUUGUGGAGUUUGGACGACACUGGGAGGAGGGAGGAGAGGAGGUGUGCCGUGGUUUCGCCAUGCUUAUAAGUGUCAUACGCAUCCCAAGGUGCAAGAUAUGCCGAAAAGGAGACGGGAGAGCAAGGGCGAGAGGGUUUCGAAGACGAUGACAUCUAGACCUGUUGGUAGUGGAGGAGGAGAUGAUGGCGCUGAUGGGGACGCCAAGGAAAUCCUGUGA